GACAGUAGUCUGCAUGCCUUCGUAGCGAACACACCGCAUACCGUCUCUGCACCUACAUACAGCAGUUCGAGUUUUUUUUUUAAUUUAAAAAGUCAACUUAAUAGACACGAUGUCGGAAUUGGACGCUAUGGCUUCGAUCAGCCAGAGCUUGAAGGAUUUCCAUGUCGAUUUCCACAAGACGGUGGCCAGCAAGUCUGAGAGCAACUUCGUGAGCUCUGCACUUAGUGCCCAAGUUGUACUGGCGAUGGCCGCUUGUGGCGCCCAGGAUUUGACAUACGAAGAGAUGCACAAGUCCCUUCGACUUCCCGAGGACCGAUCGACCAUACACGAGGGUUUUUCCCAUUUCAUCAAAGCUGUCAACAACGUGAAAGAUGUCGAACUUAAAAUGGUCAAUAAAAUCUACUUGUCGCAUCAGUACUCACAUGCGGUUGAAGAUGAAUUUAAAAAAAUCGUAAGUGAGCAUUAUCAUUCGUCGAGUGAAAUGGCGAAUUUCGAUGAUGGCCAGACGUCUGCACAACAAAUUAAUAAAUGGGUCGAGGAUCAAACUAAUGAAAAAAUUAAAGACCUCAUCAAGUCAGAUGAUCUCAACAGUAACACGCUGAUGGUUCUUGUCAAUGCCCUUUACUUCAAAGGCCAGUGGCUGCACAAGUUCGAUGAAAAAGACACGACGAAGAAAACGUUCCAUUUGAGUAAAAGCAGUUCCGUCAAAGCUCCAAUGAUGUACAUUAAAAAAAAGUUUUUGUAUCAGCGUUUACCGGAACUCAAUGCUCAGCUCGUCGGGUUGCCAUACAGCAACCAAGAUCUGAUGUUGGUAGUCGUUGUACCCGAUGAAGUCGAUGGUCUGAAGCACAUCGAAGCUAAUCUGGAAAAAAUCAACGUUGACGUUAAGCAUAUGGCUUUUUCGAAACGCGAGGUUGAGCUCUAUCUUCCAAAGUUCAAGAUCGAAACCACACUUGAUUUGAUUCCUCACCUUCAAGAGUUGGGAAUGAAAUUGGUAUUCACCGAGGACGCAAAUCUGAAAAAAAUGGCCGAUAUUCCAAGCUUGCGUAUCAGUAAAGUUGUCCAGAAAGCAUUUAUCGAAGUCAACGAAGAAGGCAGCGAGGCCGCUGCUGCUACAGGUGUCCAAGUAUCGUUUAGGUCCUUGCCUCCGCCUUGUAUCAAGUUGAAAGUUGACAAACCUUUCGUAUAUCAAUUGAUUUACAGAGAUUCUGUUCUAUUCUCUGGACACGUUGUUAAACUAUAAGAGUAUUAUUUACGAGUAAAGACUGAUUAUUUUUUGUCAAACAUUAUUUUUGUUUGUAUAUUUAAAAUUUUAUUGUGUGCACGAUCUAAAUGCAGAUUUUAUUAAUAUUUUGACAAGGAUUGUAAAAAUCUCAUAACUUUUAUAAACUGGAAAAAAUAUAAAAAUUUCUUGCGUUAACGAAAUCAAUUUUUUUCAUUCCUACUACCGAUGCCCAAGCUUUCAUUGAUUAUUUCACAUUUAAAGCCCCACCGAAUAUUAUUUUUGUUAAUACUAUUAAUUGAAAAACGAUAAUUUUAUUAUAUUAAAUAAAAAUAUCUGUUCAAUUUAGGUCUCAUAAUGACGUGCGAUUUAUUAGAUAUGUCUGAAGAAAUUAUUGCUGAUAGACCAUUCGUCUACAAAAUUUUUUACAAAAAUCAAGCUUUGUUUUCGGGUCACGUUGUGAAUCCGUUGAAAAAUUGAGUUAUGUUCAUUCAGAAUUUGUAUCGGUUAAUAGAUCUGCUUCACUUGUGUAAUAGUUCAAUAAAUGCUUAAAAAUAAAUCCUUCUUUUUCUAUCUAUUAUCGGUUAUUAAUUUGUUUAUAAUUGAUU